UCUGGAGGAGUCCAGGAUGGGCAGCACGACCUCAUGCUGCGUCCCCGCCACCCCGAAAGUCCACUCCAGACUGGAAGAGGACCGCGCCGAACCGGAACUGAACCUGCCGCAGGAGGAGAGGUUUCAAAACAACCUGCAACACAUCAGCGACAUCGAGAACAUGGACGAAUUGGACUUGAUGUUGAGUCCGGCAGAUCAUCCACAGAGCUGCACGAUGUUCCUCACCAAAUCCAUGAACGAUGUGCGAGAAAGACAAAAGAUCCACUUCAUCCGCUACCGCGGCCCGACCAGCAGGUGGAAGUACAGCUCCUGCUCCACAAUCUUUCUUGAUGAGAACACAGUAAGCAGGCCUCACCUCAAAUACACCAUCAAAUGUGUAGCACUGGCAAUUUACUACCACAUAAAAAACAGGGAUGACAACGAAACGCCGCUUCUGGACAUUUUUGAUGAGAGGCUUCACCCACUCUCGAGAUCACACCAGGUACCUGCCGAUUGUAACCAUCGGGACCCAGAACCGAGGCAGGUUUAUCGCUUUAUCCGCACACUCUUCUGCGCCGCACAGCUCAGGUCCGAGUGUGCCAUUGUCAUGCUGGUGUACCUGGAGAGACUUCUGACGUACGCAGAGGUCUCCAUGAGUCCUGCGACGUGGAGACGAAUGGUGCUGGGUGCCGCCCUGCUGGCAUCCAAAGUGUGGGACGACCACGCUGUGUGGAACGUGGACUACUGUCACAUCCUCAAAGACAUGACUGUGGUCGACAUGAACCGUCUGGAACGACACUUCCUGGAACUUGUGCAGUUCAACAUCAACGUGCCUUCAAGUGUUUACGUCAAGUAUUACUUUGACCUACGCUCGCUCUCCGAGGCCAACGACCUCAGCAUCCCGCUGGAGGCCCUCAGCCACCACAAAGCCCAAAAGCUGGAGGCUAUUUCCAGACUGAGUGACGUCACCUUCAAGGACGCGCGGCGAGCUUCCAGGAAGCGCUCGGCCAGCGUGGACCACCUGGACGGAGACGUGUGGGUUCCUGCCAUCCUCUCAUAAUUCCACCUUAUUGAUGGACAGUUGGUGGAGAUGCCUUGGACAUGCAACUCUUAGACUCUGCUUUGAUUUCUUUUUUUUAAAAAAAAUAUUCCUUUUUGUAUUUAAGUUUUUCUACAGACUGUAGAACUGAGGAAAGCUCAACUUUCUACUGGCUCCUUUUUCACUGUGAGUUGAAUAAGAACAUAAGAGACGCCACUUGUAGUGUUUAGUUUCUAUGACCUCCUCCAAGGAAUUAGGGUUUCACCCAUGUAACUUUGCUACCACAUUUGUGUGUCUAAAGUCUUCACCUUUCACUUCCUCUGUCAGUUCCAACACAAAUUCCACAUUUUUCGCUUCCCAUCUGCGCGAAUACUUUUGUCCAAUAGCUUUUCUUCACUUCCAUCAUCGUUUCAAGCUCAUUUUUGGAAAUGCUCAAAUACCCCUAAAAUGUCCGUCAUUUUCUUUUCUUUUAAAAGAAGGUAGAAAA